AUGUCUCGUCCUGAGGAUACCCUUGCGGCCGACGUCCAUUAUGACGAUAUCGAAGCGCGAAAGUACACGACGAGCUCUCGAAUCCAGAACAUUCAAGCGUCCAUGACAAGACGAGCGCUGGAACUCCUCGAUCUUAAGUCACCAUCCCUCAUUCUCGACAUUGGCUGCGGCAGUGGUCUCUCCGGCGAGAUUCUCUCUGCGGUCGAACCUGAAGAGGGCGGCCCUCAUACCUGGAUCGGAAUGGAUGUUUCGCCCUCAAUGCUGGAUAUUGCGCUUCAGAGAGACGUCGAAGGCGAUCUUAUGCUGGCAGACAUUGGCCAGGGCGUUCCUUUCCGAGCAGGAACCUUCGAUGCGGCGAUCAGUAUCUCUGCUAUCCAAUGGCUCUGCAGUGCUGAGACAAGCGACACAUCCCCCGCUGGUCGCCUCACCCGAUUCUUCAACGGUCUCUACGCCUCUCUCAAGCGCGGCGGUCGAGCCGUCUGCCAAUUCUACCCCAAGAACGACCAACAGCGCAACAUGAUCACCCAAGCCGCCGUCAAGGCCGGUUUCGGCGCCGGUAUGCUCGAGGAUGACCCCGGUACCAAGAACCAGAAGCUCUACCUCGUCCUCACCGUCGGCGGAGGCGAUGUGCAAAAGAAGGGUGGCGACAUCACGGGCGUUGUCGACGGUAUGGAGGGUGUCGAUGUCGAGGAUGCGCGAAGAUCCAUCAAGGCCAAUGCUCCCAACAUGAGCAAGGGCAGCAAGGGCUGGAUCGUCAAGAAGAAGGAGCAGAUGGAGCGCAAGGGAAAGAUUGUCAAGGCGACGUCCAAGUACACGGGACGAAAGCGACGUAUCCAGUUCUAA